AUGAAACAAAUUAAAGAUGACAGGAGCCAUAAAACUGGUCUCAAUAACAAGAAAAAAAAUUUGCUUUGGCAGAUUGAUUUUCUUGAAGCAAAGCUAAAUCAAAGCGUCGAAAGUACUCGUCUUAAGAGUACUAAAGCUGCUGCGGACCGUGAAAUUCGACGACAUAAAUAUAAGCAACGUGCUCUUAAGAGAGAAGCUGCUGCAAAAGACCAAGACAAUGAAACUGAUGAAAACAAAAAUGAUGUGCAGGAAAAUAAGCCAAGCGAAACUCUUGAAAUUCAACGUAAGGCAGAGUUACAGGCACAGAUUAACGCCCUUAAAAAACAGCUGGUAGAGCAAAAAAUCCACCAUGGAAUAAUACAAAUCCAACGUGCUCUUAAAAAGUCAAAAACUUUAGAAGUUUUAAAAGUAGGAAAAGCUUUAAAACGUCUUCAUAAUGAUGAUAGUAACACACCGGAAGAAGAGAAUAUUAAAGAAGCCGAACUAGAGAAAAAAUUAAAGGAUCUAAAGUCUGUUAAUAUAGUAGAGCUUUCGCCAAUAAUUGUUAAACGUCAUUUAUACAAUAUUUAUAUCAACCAAGAAAAUAGCACCAAUGAUUCUGAAAAAACCAUAAAAGAUUUACCACCAUGGAUUCCUGAAUCUAUCUUGAAAACAGAUGACUCAUUUAAACUUUCUAAAGAUAUCGACAAUAAUUACCAGCAUUUCAGUAAUUUAAAAAGUGUAACAUCUCAGUUAGAGGAGCUUGUUGGAGUUAUCAAUUUUGCUGUUGGCCUUGGCGAAAAGGUUAAACGUGGUGAUGGUAAUGACAAGGAAGAAAAAAAGUCUGAAGAUGAUGAAAAUGAAAAAGAAGGUGAUGAUGAACAACAAGAUAGUGAUAAUGAAGAUCAAACUGAAGAUGUCGAUUCAAUUGAAUACCAUGGAAGACCCCUUGUUUUCAGUGAUGAUGAAGAUGAAGAAGACAAUAUUGCCAAUGUCGAUAUCGAAAAGCUGAAAAAGGAUAAAAAUGUUAUUACCAAUACAUCUACAUUAAACUACGAUGAUAUUUCUGAUAGUGAGGGAGAUGAGCAGUUCUACAAUGAAAUUUUAGAGCCCGAAUCUGACAAUGAUGAAAAAGAAGAGGAAAGCGAAGAAGAAGAAAGUGAAGAAGAAGAAGAAGAAAGUGAAGAAGAAGAAGAAGGUGGGUUUUUUGAAGAAUUAGAUGAAGACAUCGACAGCACAGAAUCAAAAAAGAGAAAAAGAAGUAAAGACGGCGAAGAAGAUGACUCCAAGUCUAAUAAAGAAAAGAAAGAUAAAAAGGAAAAGAAAGAAAAGAAAGAAAAGAAAAAGAUUGUCUUACCUGCAUUAUUAAAUACAUUCAUUGGAGCUUCUGAUGAUGAAGAGGAUAUGGAGCUUCAGCGUGAACUAAAAGAAAUGGAUGAAAUGGAAGGCAUUGACUCCAAAACUGGUAAAAAAAAGAAUAGACGUGGUCAGCGAGAGCGCCGAGCGAUAGCUGAACGCAAGUAUGGUAAAAAUGCCAACCAUCUGAAGACUGAGCGCGAUAAGUAUCAAGCGAAGCGUGCUCAGCUUCAGGCAGAAUACGAAGCACGUGAAGCAAAGAGACAAAAGACUGGUAAGCCAAGUAAAGAGUCAUCUAAAGAUGCUGCUGCUGCUGCCAAAGAAGCUGAGCAGAAAAAGCUUGAAAGUAAACCUCUUCAUCCUUCUUGGGAAGCAAAGAAAAAGCUUGCAGCGGCUGCAACAGCCCAAGUUAAAUUUGCUGGUAAAAAGAUUGUUUUUGAUUAA